AUGAGUACAUCAGAGAACAUUUCAGCAACACGAGCUCGUCUCCAAAGGCGUCGAGUGUUGCUGCGAACUUUAAAGCUGUGGAUACCCCAUCUUCGUUACCUAUUAUUUGCUAUCGGAGUUGGCUGGCUUUUUAUUCUUCCUUCAAACGAAUAUAACAAAUAUACUUAUAUUUCAGAAAACGCACUUCUUCCGGGACAGGUUAAUACGUAUUAUAGCUGGCCACAGGUGCACGAAGCUAGUGUCUAUCGCGACAACAUUGAAACUCUAUCAACCUCCAGCAUAGAGAGAACUGCUUAUAUUGAAAGUGAAUUGCGUAAAGCAGGAAUAAAAACAGGGACCCAAAAUUUUACUGUUAAUGCCUUAGGAAAGGAAAUAAGUGGAGUCAAUGUUUUUGGUGUACUCAGUGCUCCUCGUGGUGAUGGGACAGAAGCUCUAGUUUUGAGCGCACCUUGGAUUUCAAAGGACGGGAAAACUGUUAAUAUUAAUGGUGUCGCCGCAAUUUUGUCAAUUGGGAAAUUUUUCCAAAGUACAGAUAUUAUAAUCUUAAUAACGGAUGGGGGCGAAGCUGGUGUUCAAGCCUGGUUAGAAGCGUAUCAUGAUAAUCCACGUUCAGAUAUCUUGUCGAGUCCUUUAUUUUUACGCUCGGGUGCAAUUCAAGCUGCAGUUAAUUUAGAUUUACCCGGGACAAAAGAUUAUCAAGUUUUAGGAAUAUUUUAUGAGGGUGUUAAUGGACAACUUCCAAAUCUUGAUUUAAUAAAUACCAUAGUUCGAAUAGUUCGUAUUUCAGGUCGAAUCCCAAUCACGCUGCAUGAUACUGGUCACGUAUAUUGGGCGAAUGAUCAUGGUGAUUAUUACUCUUCUCUAUACAACUUGAUUUUGACAAUGAAAUAUCAAGCGUUAGGACAUUCAACGGGAGGUCAUGGAUUAUUUUUCAGAUAUAAAAUCGACGCUGUCACUCUCUAUGGUCAUAGGAUGGAAGCGUCUCACCAACCAUUCAUGUUUCUAGAAAUUGGAACUGCAAUCGAGUCAACGUUUAGAAGUUUGAAUAAUUUACUUGAACAUCUUCAUCAGUCUUUCUUUUUCUAUCUUUUACCUUCACCUGAGAAAUAUAUUUCAAUCGGUUCUUAUUUGCCACCUUCCAUCCUGCUCGCGCACCCUCAAUCUUCCAAAGAGCCAAAGAUACUACAGAAAUUUCCGACUCCUUCACCAUUCAAUAGAAGACCACGUCGAAUUUUGUUCUCUUUGACUGCAUUGAUUGCGACCCAUGCUACCGGCAUCAUAUUUUUUUUUAUGAUUAAGAAUUAUUUCCUUCUCAAUAAAUUAGCUAGUUUUUUGUUUAUUCAGGAUCAUUUCUUAGUUUUGGCCUUGAUUAUAUUUAUUUCAAUAAAAGUCUCGUUCGUCUUGGUCUCUAUUAUGGAAAAGCGCAUCACAACUAAUAAUCAAAUUGCGCAUAGAAUUGAAAAAACGAACGACAUGAAUUCUCAAUACCAACCACAGCAGCAACUUGAACCAGCCGCCGAUUGGAUUAUUUUGAAAUGUUUUACACUUGCAUUUACCGGAAUGAUAAUUUCGUGUCUUUCCGUGCUGAAUUUCAGUUUAGCCGUUUUUACCGCAUUAAUCGUGAUCAUACCCUUUUCCUUAUUUCGUCCACAUGUAUCAAAAACAAUUCGUUAUCUUCAGUUAUUUGUAUUAUGUUUAAUCUCCCCGCCUGGACUUCUUUUAUUGUCUGGCGUAGAUAUGGGUAACUUUUUGAGAUCUACUUUGAUGGAAUAUCAAUUGUUGGGUAACUAUAUAGUUCCAUUUGUUUGUUGUUUAUAUUGGCCUAAUGUAUUAGCAUAUACCGUGAUUGUACAAGCACCAAUAAAAUAA